AUGACCGGCAAAGAGCAGGUAGGCUUCACAUCUACGGAUGCUGAAAACGCAAGUCUCUCAGACUCGGCUGAGGAGCAUGAGGUUUUCAAAAAGACCGAGGAUGGUGUCCAAUUUCGAAAUGUUGGUUGGUUUAAAGCAUGCAUUCUGUUCUCUUUGCGACAGGAGUGUUGUCUCUACCUGCCGCACUACUCUUCCCUCGGUGCUGUCGGCGGCGCAAUCAGCAUUGUGGCCUGGGGUGCCUUCAAUACAUAUGCCUUUGUGAUUAUGGGAAACUUUCGCCUGAGUCGCCCCCACUGUCACUCUGUUGCAGACAUGAUGGAGGUCGUUGGCGGUGUCGUUGGCAAAGAAAUCACUGGCUUUGUAUUCCUUGUCGGCUAUGUUCUUGUCACAGGUAGUGGAAUAGUUGGAGUGUCCACAGCCUUGAACGCCCUCUCACACCAUUCCGCAUGUACCGUCUGGUGGUCAUUCCUGGCCAUGGUAGUCACGGUUGCAACUGCUUCGAUUCGCAAGUUCACACAUAUUGGCUGGUUCACCUAUGCAGGAUUCAUCUCCAUAUAUGCUGCGGUGCUAAUCGUCGUAAUCGGUGUCACCACACGCGAUCGACCAGCUGCCGCCCCUCAGACAGGCCCCUAUGAACUCGGUUAUGUGAACAUCAACAACCCAGGCUUUGCUGCUGGCAUGGUUGCCUCGAGCACUAUAUUUGUGUCCUCCGCCGGCACAAGCGCGUUUCUCCCUAUCAUUUCGGAAAUGCGUAACCCGAAAGACUACAAGAAGGCCCUGUACCCCUGCAUGGCUCUUGUUACGGCGUCAUACCUUGCAUUCAGCUUGGUCGUUUACCGCUGGUGUGGGCAAUGGGUUGCUAGCCCAUCAUUGGGGAGUGCCGGCCAGACGGUCAAGAUGGUGUCCUACGGUGUCGCUUUGGUGGGAUUGGUUGCAAGCGCCACAAUCUAUCUUCAUGUUGGGGCAAAGUACCUCUUCGUCAGAAUCUUGGGCAAUACACGCCACUUGCAGUCAAAUUCGGUGACCCAUUGGGGCACUUGGCUUGGUUGCACGAUAAUCCUGGGCGCCAUAUCUUUUGUUCUUGCUGAGGCCAUCCCGAUUUUCAACUACCUUAUUGCCUUGGUUGGAUCUUUAUGCUUUGCUCCGCUCGCCAUAUGCCUUCCUGGGCUACUUUGGCUCCAUGACCAUGGCAACUACAGGAAAGGAUCUCUUACGCAGAAGGUUAAGUUUAUUCUCCAUAUUGGAAUGGUGCUUCUUGGACUAUUCAUCCUUGUUGGUGCAACCUACGGUGUUAUCAUCCAAAUCAAAGCGGCAUAUGCUGAUGGAACCAUUGGUUCAACAUUCACCUGUGCUGAUAACUCGAACUCCUCCUAA